AUGACAGUGAGGUUUUGGACAGACCUAUGGCAUCACAGGGGUCGAUUGAUAGAGAUUACGGGAGAGAUUGGCACGCAAAAGCUGGGCAUUCCUAGGAAUGCAACAAUAAAUGAGGUACUCGUUGACAGAGAAUGGAGAUUUAGAAGAUGCAGAGACAGACAAAUCCAAACGCUAGUGCAAGAGGUGCGUAGGUCUCAGGUGACACUCUCCCCGGGUGUAAAUGAUGGAGUUCUAUGGAAACUCGGGCCAGAUGACUAUGGAGAUAGUUUCAGCUCUAGCGCAACAUGGCGGCAGAUAAGACAGCAACAUGAUAAGGUCCUAUGGACUAAACUGGUUUGGUUCGCGCAAGGCGUUCCCAGAUUUGCGUUCAUCACCUGGCUAGCGUUCAAGGACAGGCUCGCAACUGGUCAGCGUCUCCGUAAAUGGGGCCGCCUUCAAGGGUGUCUAUUCUGUGGAGAACCGGAGGAGUCGCGCUGUCACCUUUACUUCGCGUGUCCGUAUACGUUCACUCUAUGGCUGCAGGUUGUGGGGAAGUUGAUAGGAGUGGAACCGAACCCGGAAUGGGAGACAACUAUUCUACAGAUGCUCUCUGGAACGCAUGACCGACAAACGUUUAUAUUGCUUCGAUUGGUGCUGCAAGUUUCUAUUUACUUCAUCUGGCGGGAGCGUAAUGAUAGGAAGCACAAAAUCAUGGCAAAGCCGGUGGCACAGUUGGCUCGAGUGAUCGACAAAGCGGUGAGGAAUCGCAUCAUGUCUACAAAAUAUCAUCUGAACCCAAAGUUGCGGGAACUAAUGGUUCGUUGGUUUGAAGCUCACAUGGCAUAG